AUGACCGCCCUCAGACCCCCUGCACUCACUCCUUUCCGUUUGGAAGGUGACUUUGUGUCCCAACUGCUCACGAAUAUCAGAACAAGAUCCAUCUCAUGGACUUCCUUUGUCAAGGCCAACUACUUGUCAAGUGAAAACAUGGCUGUUUUGAAGUCGGUCACCUCUGUCAACGACCAAGAAGACCCAGCGUCCCGAGUUGAUGUCCUUAUCAAAGACUUGCCAACGUACUCCAAGGUCUUACUCGACUCCAUAACUGAUAUCUCUAAAAACAAGUCCAAGUAUCUCGAUCUAACCAAAAUCUUGUUGGUCAUUCUCUACGAUGGGUUGACCUUCAUUGACAAUUCCGUUCCUGAGCAUACAAUGACCCAUGAAAUCAUGAAAAUCUCAAAGAAUAACCCAUACCCCCCAUUCGUUGAAAUACUAGAGUCUUCUUCUUCAGGUGAGCAAGACUCCAACCAAGAUGAAUUCGUCAUCUCCAUUCUUUGUGCUCAUAUUUUGAUCUUCUUCCUCACAACAAACCCUCCUUCUUCGAAAAAAACUGCAUUCGAAUUGGUUUCAACCGUGUUGAAGUUCAUCCAAGAUGGAUUGGUCACCUCUUCGAACGCCCAAUAUAGAUUCUUGGGUGUACAAUUGUUAAAGGAACUUUUAUCAGUGAAAGAGUUCAGAGAUAUUUACAUCAAAAAGACUGAAUACUUGGAUGCCUUAAUAAAAAUAAUGUUGGACAAGAACGUCGAACUACAGAUGCGUUAUCUAUCGAUCUAUUGUUUAUGGACAUUGACAUUCGAUUCAAAGACAAACCAAUUAUUAACAACAGACGCUAAGUAUGCAGAAAUCAUACCAACUAUGUUCAAAUUCUCAAAUGAUGCCGUCAAGGAGAAGGUUGUCAGAUUGUCUAUAUCGAUCCUAAUCAACUUUUUGGACGUCUCAAGUUCAUCUUCCAAAUCACAAACAGAAAUAAUCAAAAAGUUCCUCCUUGCGAAUGGUCUUACAAUAGUCAAGAAUUUGAUCGAAAGAAAGUGGUCUGACAAUGAACUCAAAGACGAUCUAAAUACCUUGUACGAUUUACUCAAUGACUCCAUCAAAUCCUUGACCAAUUUUGAUGAGUAUGAAAAUGAAAUUAAAACAAAACACCUUCUUUGGUCCCCAUGUCAUAAAAACAGCGAGUUCUGGUAUGAUAAUAUCGAUAAAUUCAAGGAGAACAACUGGAAGCUACUAAAGUCUCUGAUCUCCUUGUUGUCCGACGACAAUUCAGCACCAGAUGCAAAUGUCAACCAACUAUACAUCAACCAAUCCAUCAUAUGUUAUGACUUGUCAAUGCUUAUCAAAGUAGCUCCUGAGGUAGUCAAGGUCAUAAACUCGUUUGGAACAAAGACGAAGAUUAUGACUUUAAUGAACUCUCCAAAUUCGAAUGUCAAGUUCGAGGCACUUAGAACAACCCAACUUCUGGUCGCAAACUCUCUAUAA